AUGUCCGCGUCCUUGCCUGGGAGCAGGGAGCUGCCGGUCUCGCAGUACGAUUUGAGCACCUACUCUGGCAGAGUGAGGCAUGCGGCCGGCCUGACGGAUCCAAGCACCCUCCUGGCCGGCACAAGCGGCCUCGAGCGAGCCAAGGCCCUGGUGACGGACUACAAGACGGGCAAGAUGGACAGCAUGACGCCCGAGCUAUGGCACGCCAAAAAGGUCGUCGACUCGACUCUCCAUCCUGACACGGGCGAGCCCGUCUUCCUCCCGUUCCGCAUGUCCUCCUUCGUGCUGACCAACCUCAUCGUCACGGCCGGCAUGCUCCAGCCGGGCCUGCAAACCCCCGGCAUAAUAGCCUGGCAGAUCGCCAACCAGUCCCUCAACGUGGCCAUCAACACCGCCAACGCCAACAAGUCGUCGCCCAUGACCGCCGCCACGCUCGCCAAGUCGUACGCCGUCGCCGUCUCCGCCUCGUGCUCCGUCGCCCUCGGCCUCAACGCCCUUGUCCCCCGGCUGCGCGUCCGCCCCUCGACGCGCGCCAUCCUCGGCCGCCUCGUCCCCUUUGCCGCCGUCGCCACCGCCGGCGCCCUGAACGCGUACCUCAUGCGCCGCGGCGAAAUCGCCACGGGCAUCGACGUCCGCCCCGUGCUGUCGGACCGGCAGAAGCGCGAGCUGCAGCGGCAGGGCAGGUCGGAGCGCGACGUGCCCUCCCUCGGCAGGAGCCGCAGGGCCGCCCGGCUGGCCGUGUACGAGACCGCCGCCAGCAGGGUCUUCAACAGCAGCCCCAUCAUGAUCAUCCCGCCCAUGGUGCUGUACCACGUGCAGACCAAGCAGGCCUGGUAUAGGAAGCUGAUGGAGGGCGAGUUUGUCAAGGCCAGGCCGCGGUUGGCGGCCGGCGUUCCCAUCGGCCUGAACCUGGCCCUGAUUGCGGCCACCUCCUUUGCCGUGCUGCCGCUGGCGCUGGCUGUGUUCCCGCAGCAGCAGGAGAUUUCGGCGGAUAGCUUGGAGCCCGAGUUCCACGGCAGGGGCGGAAGCGAUGGCAAGGUGUGGUUUAAUCGGGGGUUAUAG